AUGGGUUUGAUACGGAACCUCAUCUCGACUCUUCGCAAGGACGACCCGCGUCUGCUUCGAAUCCCUCCGUACCUGUCCUUCCUCUGCAUCGUCGUAGGAGUCGCGUAUAUUCUGCCUUUACCGCUGCAAGAAUACUCAAGGCAAACCUACAUAUCGGAAAACGCGCUGUUGCCCGGUCAAGUCCACACGUACUUUGGCGGGAGCGAACAAAAUGUCUUCCGAGCGUAUCGCCAUGAACUGGCCCCAAUGCAGAACCCGAAUCGUACCGCCGAAGUCAACUUCACGGUGGCUAUCGAACAGCACAGGGAGGCAGGAGCCAGGAGGAGUGAGAAGAUAGAGGAGCUGUUCCGCAAUGCGGGCCUAAAGACUGCGCGACAAAGGUACUCAUACACCACACCUGGCGUCACCUACGAGGGAGAGAAUGUCUAUGCGGUCCUCCAUGCUCCAAGAGGCGACGGCACUGAGGCCAUCGUACUGCUUGCACCGUUGCAAAAUAUCGACGGCGUCUCCAACGUGAACGGCGUGCCGCUCCUGAUCUCUCUUGCACGAUACUUCAAGCGCUGGUCGCUCUGGUCCAAGGACAUUAUAUUUCUGGUCACUCCCGAUAGUAUUACUGGACCGCAAGCGUGGAUCGAUGCCUACCAUUCGACUCACGACCCAGAAAAAGUCCAAGACUUGUCGUUGAAGUCCGGGGCCCUCCAGGGUGCCGUCUGCAUCGAUUAUCCUUUCGAGCAUCGUUUCGAAAAUCUACACGUGUCGUACGACGGAAUCAAUGGAGCCCUGCCCAAUCUCGAUCUUUUCAACACGGCCGUGUCUAUUGCUUCAGGACAGAUGGGCAUCAGCACAUCCAUCCAACAUCAACACACGUGGAGCGAGCAUGAGCAGUAUAACUCCUACCCAGUCCGUCUCCAAACGCUCCUACGGGGGAUGUCUUCCCAGGCGCUGGGCCACGCCACUGGAGCCCACAGUAGCUUCAUGUCCUACCAUAUCGAUGCCAUCACAUUGACAGCCACGAAAGAAGGCUGGCAGGAUGAGAUGGCUUUCGGCAGGACGAUCGAGAGCAUUUGUCGAAGUCUAAACAACCUGCUCGAGAAGCUGCACCAGAGCUUCUUCUUCUAUCUGUUGAUGCAGUCAAAUCGAUUCGUCAGCAUUGGUACUUACCUGCCUGGCGCCAUGAUUGUGGCCGCUGGCUACACCAUCAUGGCAAUCUACCUCUGGGUGCGAAGUGGCUAUCAGCUCAUCGAGAAGAAAGCCGAGAGCGCAAAUGCCAGACCCGCAGAUGGGCCAACCGAGAAAUCGAGUGCAACAGGACAGCAACCCGGAAGCACCAUUACGAAGGUCGAAUUCAAACCUAUUGACAGGGCACUCACUCUCCCAAUCGCCCUUGUGACAGCCGUUCACCUGGCCUCUCUCAUCCCCCUUUAUUUGCUCAACUCCCUGAGUGUGAUGGCCAUGCCAUCGACAUUCUUCCUCCUGAGCCUUACGUUGCUCGUCCUUCCCGUGAUCCUUGCCUCCGCGCUCGCCGAAAUGCCCAACAACACCACCUUACCCGCCUUUUCUGCACCGACAACCGAGCAAUACGUCCUCAUCAAGUCUUUGAGUCUAUUGGUACUCGGCCUCUUCCUGACCGUCCUAGCAACACUGAACUUCAGCCUCAGCAUGUUUCUGGGCAUCAUCUGCGCACCCCUGGCGUUUGUAGACCGAACGCGCUCAAGGCCUUGGCUAGCGUCUGUUCAGUACCUCAUUCUGGUUGUCAUGAGCCCCAUGGGAGUAGCUGCCGGCUUGGGUGGAUACGGCAUGUCCGUCGGCAAAGAUGACCUGAUUGUGGACUGGCUCCGGCGGCUCGCGUUUGGCUGGAACGUAUGGGGGAGCUGGGGCGUGCCCAUUGGCGUUCUAUGCAUUUGGUUACCAGCUUGGGUAGUGAGUGCGACUUUGGUGGCAAGCUCGUGGUUCAGCACCACCGACCCAGCAGAUCAAACAGCUGUUGAGAAUGAGGCAGCCGGCCGAAGCAAUUCCUGA